AAGAAUUGGGACGAUGGCUAACGAAAUUAAAGACAACGUGAAGGAGUAUUAUGGCAAAAUUUUAAAGACCAACGCUGAUCUGAAGAGCAGUGCUUGUGUUCUAGUAGACGAGAUGCCAAAACAAGUCAAAGAAGCUCUCGCUUUGUGUCAUGAUGAAGUUGUAGCAAGAUAUUAUGGCUGUGGUCUGGCAUUUCCUAUGGCAAUUGAAGGUGCAAAUGUGCUAGAUUUUGGCUCUGGUGCUGGUCGAGAUUGCUUUAUCUUGAGUAAACUUGUUGGAAAGGAUGGCUUUGUGACAGGCGUGGAUAUGACUGAAGAACAGGUUGAAGUUGCCAGUAAAUUCAUUUCCUACCACAUGGAAAAGUUUGGAUUUAGCAAACCGAAUGUGGAGUUCAAGCUUGGUUACAUUGAAAAGCUCAAAGAAGCUGGUGUAGAAGACAGUAGCUGCGACUUGAUUGUUUCAAAUUGUGUUAUCAAUUUGUGUCCCGACAAGAAAUCUGUUUUCAAAGAGGCUUUCAGAGUUUUGAGGGAAGGCCAGGAAUUAUAUUUCUGUGAUAUGUAUGCUAAUCGUGAACAGCCACAAAACAUUAAAGAUCACAAGGAGCUCUGGGGUGAGGGAUUUGGUGGUGCGUUGUAUUGGAAAGCAUUUGUCGACAUGGCGAAAGAAGUUGGUUUCUCUGGGCCUUAUUUGGUCACCAGCCGAUACCUUGCUUGUGAAAAUCAAGAACUCGCGAAACUUUUAGGCGAUCUCAAGUUUGUCUCCGCAACAUAUCGGUUGUUCAAAACCAGCAAGAAAUCAGACGACAAAUGCUGCUAUGUUAAGUACAAAGGUACAAUGAGUGAAAGUCCGGCAACCUUCAAGUUUGAUCAUAAACACACUUUUGAUUCAAAUUUCCAAGCAGUCAGCUGUGAUAUGGUCAGUGUUCUAAAGAACUCCAGGUACUCUAAACAUCUUGAGUUUAGAGACGCCGACCCGACCUGUACCAGACCGCUUCCUUGUUAUUCCGUUGAUCCCUUCGAACUGGCGGACGAAAUCAACGAACCGCCAUCUUGCUGCAAGAAGGCAAAAAUUUGUAGUUAGUACGAAAAACAUGGGUCAAUUUAUUAUUAGCAAUUGAAUGCUUAUAUCAAUAUCAGCGUACGGACUUAUCGUUAUAAUGUAAACAGUCUAAUUAGGCUUGAAUCAUACAUUCCAUAUCCUUGUAAUUCCAAAUGCUCCCCUAAAGUCUGUUCACACGAUUGAAUUUUGUCGGAAAAUUUUGUAGAUCGACUAUUCGCUUCCAAUGGAUGUUUCAUAGUCUUUUGA